AUGUUGACUCUUAAACAAUACUUUAAGAAAAAGGAUAAAUUACAACAACAACAAUUUGAUGAACAAAGAAAGAAAUAUGGAAAAGGAAAUAUUUUUAAAGGUGUUGCUGUUUGGAUUACUGGAAGAACACAUCCUUCAGCAUCAAUUUUACGCUCUUUAAUUCUUCAAAAUGGUGGAAAAUAUUUAAUGAAAUAUUCUUCAUCUGAAGUUACUCAUAUUAUUGCAGCUCAAUUAUCAUAUCAACAUCAAAUUCAAUUUGAAAAAAAGAUUGUUGUUCAUCCAAAUUGGAUAAUAGAUUCUAUUAAAUAUGGAACAUUACAAGCAAUAACUAAUUAUAGUCUUCAAAAAAUGAAUAAGAAACAACAACAACAAAGUGAUUUAGAUUGUACUGAUCCAAAUUUUCUUGAUAAAUAUUAUUUAAGUUCAAGACUUCAUCAUAUUUCUUUAUGGAAAACAAUAUUUUCAGAUUUUCUUUCAGAAAAAGUUGAAGGAAUUAAAUCAAAUUAUUCUAAAAUUAUGCACGUUGAUAUUGACUCAUUCUUUGCUUCUGUUACAAUUUCUAAACAUACUGAAUUACAAGGAAAACCUGUAGUUGUAUCACAUGGUGGAAAUAAUGCAGAUGUUUCUAGUUGUAAUUAUGAAGCAAGAAAAUAUGGAAUAAAAAAUGGGAUGUGGUUAAAACAAGCAUAUAAUCUUUGUCCACAAUUAAUUGUUGUUGGAUAUGAUUUUGAUGAAUAUGAAAAAGCUGCAUUAAAAAUGUAUGAAAUAUUAAUAAAAUAUUUUCAUAAUAUUGAAGUAUUGAGUUGUGAUGAAUGUAUUAUAGAUAUUUCUUCUGUUCCUGAACCUAUUGAUAUUUUUUUACAACAAGUUAGAACAGAAAUUAAAGAAACAAUUCAUUCUGGAGUAAGUUUUGGAAUUGGAAUAAAUCCUCUUACAGCACGUCUAGCAAUGAAAAAAGCCAAACCCGAUGGAAUAUACUAUUUACUAUCAAAUAUUGAAGAAUUUAUUUCUACAAUAAAAAUAGCAGAACUUCCAGGUUUUGGUUAUUCUCUUUCAGAAAAGUGUAAAAUAAUUGGGGUUUAUACAUGUGGAGAUAUUUCAUUAAUUUCAAAAGAAGUAUUAGAAAAACAAAUAGGAGAGAAAAAUACUCUUAAAUUAAUUGAAAUGAGUAAAGGAAUUGAUAGUACUCAAUUUGAGAAUAAAAAAGAAAAGCAAAGUGUUGGAAUAUCAAUAAAUUGGGGAAUUAGAUUUGAGAAUGAAGAUGAUGCUAAACAAUUUAUUUUUAGAAUGUGUUGUGAAGUAGAAAAACGAUUACAUAAAUCCAAUGUUAUGGGAACUUUAAUGACUAUGCAAAUAAUGACAAGAAAAGAAGGAAGUGGAGAAGCAAUUAAAUAUAAAGGACAUGGCAUUGUUAAUAUGCAAUCUAAGAGUAUUACUAUUUGUGAAACUCAAAACUCAGCAAUUCUUAAUAAAAGUGCAAUAAUUUUAUGGAAUCAAUUUCAAAUUCCAAUAAAAGAUUUAAGAGGAAUUUCUAUUCAAAUAAGUAAAUUACAUUCUAUUCAACCAGUUCAAAUAAAAGAAUCAAAAAUAUUUCAACAAAUUCUUUUAGCAAAACAACGAGAAGAAAAAUAUACAAAAAUAAAACAAAAUGAAAAGAAUAAAUUUGUUGAAUUACCAAGUGCAUCUCAAAUUGAUAUAUCUGUUUUAAAUGCACUUCCAAAUGAUGUUAAAAAUGAACUUAUUCAAUAUUAUUCAAAAUAUUAUAAUAUUUAUAAUAAUCCAAAAAUUUCAUUUGCUAAUGAUAAAAUUCAAAUAGAAAAAUUAGAUGAAAGAAUUGAAGAAAUUGAAUUAUUUGAAAUAGAAAAUACUAAAGAAUUAAUUAAUAUUUUAAUAUCUUAUUUAAAAUCAAGAAAAGAAAUUAAUUUCUUUCAUAUUGAAAUAAUAUUACAAUACCUUAAAAUAUUAUUAAAACAUCAAUAUUAUAAAGAAUUUCAAAUAAUUAUUAAAACACUUUUACUAUCAUUAGAAAAUCCUCGUUUUAAUGAUUUUAAAGAAAUUUUAGAACAUUAUGCAGAAAAAAUGUAUAACGAAUCAUUCUCAAAAUUUAUUCAUUCAUUUUCUCAAUAA